AUGUUGCGAAAGGCAGUUCAAGCCUUUAAUAAAGACGCUGAUGAAGAAACCGGCUGCGACUACUACUGCGGUAGACUCCCUUCUACCCGUAGAUAUCUAAAUCGCUCAUUUAUUGAAACUGCAUGGACAAAAGAUUCACUCAGAUAUAAGGCCAUUUUGAACACGGACAUCCGUUUGGAGGAUGGAACCUUCGUUAAAGGCUUCCCUAGUUUACCUGCCGACGCAAAGAUUGUGCGCCUCAAAUUGGAUAGACUUCCUCUAAAGGCCCCUCAACGAUUGAGGAAGGAUAUGGAAAAUUGCUUGUCCGAAUAUGGUCGAGUAUUGGAUCUUGGGAUUAAUAGGAGCCAUGGCUGUUUUACUGGUCAAGGCUAUGCGACAUUGAACCUUACCCAAGCCAACGCCAAUGACCCUCCUUUUGAAUCACUUCAACGAGUCAUUCCUUGGAUGUAUGAUGAUGGAGAGAUUCACCAGGUAUUACUUCAAUGGGAAAAUAUGCCAGACUUCUGUAGACUAUGUCAAGCUUCUGAUCAUUGCCGUGCAGACUGUCCUGACUUGAAAAACUACAUGAAGUGUUUUAAUUGUAAUAAGAAAGGUCAUAUGAUGAGACAAUGUCCUCGUAGU